GUAAUUCAUUAAUAAUUGUUGUUUCAGUCCAAAAAUGCAACUCUGCUUAUAAAUGUUUUUGUUAAAAACUUCAGAAUAUCACAAUAAUCAAUCUUGCCAACAAGUUUCUGUAAGCAUGAUGAGCUCUAGCGAAAUUCGGGAACUGAUAUCACAUAUGGUUGAAGGCUUUCAAGGGCAUAAUAGUUCACUAUUCGACCUAAGUAACAAAUGCCUUUUGAUAUCAUAUAAAAAGCUUGGAGCGGUUUGCCAUGAGAGAAGUGACUAUUCUGAAAAUGAUUUGAGUGCAAAUACCGAAAAUCGCAUCUACUGCAAUGUUAUGAGCUGUCAAGAAGUUUUCGAUAAUACAUCGUCUUAUCAAAGUCAUUACAAUGCUAUGCAUCGUUUCAUAUGUCGUGAAUGCAAAAAGUCUUUGCCUACUGAACACUUACUGGAUUUGCACAUAUGUGAAGUUCACGAUUUUUUUUUUGCAGCUCGUGUCACAAGAGGAGACAGCGUUUACCUGUGCUUCUUAGAAGAAUGCAAAGAGAAAUUUCGUAAUCCGACACAGAGAAAAGAACAUUGUAUUAAAGAUCAUAAAUUUCCUGGAAAUUUUCGUUUUAACCAAACAUCUGUCUUGAAGACAAUGUCAAGGCAUCCGAAGAUGCAUGCCCACAGUGAUUCAACUUGCCAAAUUGAAGAAGGGGAGGAGCAACGCAAAAAUUAUAAUGUGAAGACAUUUUCGUUUGGUCAGCAGAAGAAAAAAACAUUUCACUUACAAAAACAAAAUAUAUACCAAAAAGAUGUCAAUCGGACUCUUGAAGAUAUGGAUAUAAUAAAAAAAGCAUUAGAUGAAGUUCCAUUAUAAUGAAUUAUAUUCUACAAUCAUGAUAAUGUACACAGUAAUAAGCAUAUUUAUAUACCUUAAGAUCUUUGUUUUUAUCAUUUA